AUGUCUUCGCCCGGCGACGCCAAAUCGGUGCAACAUAGCGAAUCGGCGCAAGCUCCAGCAGAUCAAUCGCUAAAAUCUCUGUGCGGAGUCUGCCAAAAGGAACCGCCCAAAUACAAAUGCCCCAGAUGCUACCUGCCCUACUGCUCCGUGACAUGCAACAAAGUGCAUCGCGAAACUCACCCCCCGGAUCCCGAACCGACACCCGCUGAGACACCACAAGCCGCGACGACUACGACUGUCGCCGCCGCAGCACCCACCAAAGCCAAUGACAGGAGCAACCCAUUUGGCGCUCUUGACUCGGCUUCUGAUAAGCUGCAGAUGCUCUUCUCCAGGUACCCCGGCUUGCCGCAGCAGCUCGCCGACAUUUACGCCGCCAUGCAACCGCCUACCGAGUCGACGCAAAACGACGGCGGCAUCCCUGCCUCGCUGCUGAGGGGAUUACCGAGUAAAAAGGAGAGCUGGAACCAUGAUGUGGGGAUCAAGAAAGGAAAGGAAGCCCUGCGAAAGGCCCGCAAAGCAGGCGGUGUUUCGGGAGAGGGCGUUGAGGAAUACUGCGAGCUCAUCAUGCAUCUGAUGAACGGGCAGGCCGACGCAUCCGCUCUGCUGCAGAGGCAAGCUGCGACAGAGGAUUCAGAACUUAUUGAACGACUAAUGCACGAGGAGAGCAAACGGUGA